ACUUCCAUGGAGUUCCAGCUCUUUGGGAGACGUGACAGCCCCUUCCCACGGCGUUCCAGCCCCCAGCGCCAGGAGGAGCCCGGACUCGAGGACACAGCACCAGAGUUGGUUUCUCCAGACACCAGGACGUUGGGCCACGACAGACAUGGUGGUUUUGCUGCAGCAAACACCCUCCACCGCCCUCCCAGACAUGAUGGAGACAAGGGGAGGAGGGGAAAAAAAACCCCACCCGCCUGCCCGCACGCUUCCUCCCUGCUACUCCGCCGACCUGCGCCCGGCCUCGGAGAGACUCGUCUCGGCCGUGGGCUGCACCGUGCUCCUCACCGUGCCGCCUCCCAGGGCCAGCCAAGGUGUCUUCUGGGAGUACAAAACCGGCCCUCAGGAAGGGGUCAUCCUCAGCUACGCCUUCGACAGAGCCCCCAACACCUCUCGCCCCUACGAGAACCGCACCCGGUUCAACGAGACCGACUUCUCGCUGCAGAUGGUGCUGCAGCAGGGGGACGGCCGGCUCUACCGCUUCAGGUCCGAGUCCGAGGCCACGGGCUGGUUCCAGCUCCAUGUUGUUGAACCCCUGUCCGAGCCAGAAAUCGUGGGCAACUCCUCAGUGAAGGCAGGAGCCAACACCAAACUGGUUUGCAACGUCCUGGAAGGGAAGGCAGACUUGUACUGGUGGAAGAAAAAUGGGGAGCUGCUGCUGGGAAGCGACCACAUCCAGUUUGUGGACAACAGCACCCUGUGCAUCCUGAAGGCCUCCAUGAACGACAGCGGGUACUACGCCUGCGUGGUGCGCAACCAAGUCAGCCAGAACGAGACCUCCUUCCUGCUCCACGUCCAGCAUGCUGCCAACGUGCUGUUGCCCGUGAUCCUGGCGUGCGUGGUGGUGGGCUCGCUCGCAGGUGUCUUGGUCUGGUGCAGAAGGGACCGCCCGUGUCGCAACAUCUGUAGGUAGAGCUUGACUGGCUGUGCCCUUCCUGCCUUCCCCCGAUGGUGGUGGAUGCUGCCUGGGGAGCGCUGGACCCCUGAUGCCAUCACAACCUCUUCUGGGCUCACCACUGAACUGCUCCAGCUGCCAAAGCCAACAACUAUUUGUAAAACACCGUCCAGAACUAUUUCUUUGUGGUCCUGCUCUUCCCCAGGGCCCCUUCCACGUCCCUGGGGGAGAGGUGGGCACGGCCAUGCCUGGAGACCCUGCUGCUGCUGUCCUCCAGACCUCCCUACCUCUCCUGCCUUCCUCCGGGGCGGGCCAAGAGCCUGUGGAUGGGCUGAGGGCUCUGGAAGGAGCCACCACCAUCCCCUCUGGACAAACACAUGGUCCUGGGGCUGCUGGGGGGCGUGCCGUGGUGCCAGCCCCUGUGUCCCCAGGGCUUGAGCCCCUCACCAUGGCCUGGGACUUGCCAGGGUGGCUCGGGGGCUGAGACCGUGGGCGUUCUGCUGGGUUUGGCCCUUGGAGGGAGGAAAAAGGGCAGGAUUUUGCUGUCGUGUGCCCUGGGGAGGGUGGGAGACGAGCGGGGCCGGUGGAAGGCGGCAGGGGAGGGGGGAGCAGCAACGUAGGUUUGUUUUAGGAAGGAAACCCCAAAGGAACCCCCGUGGCUGCGUUACAGCAGCACCAGAGCCUGGCGUGGGAGACCUAGGGAUGCUGCCGAGCCCAUCUCCUCUGUCCUCCAGCCUUGGGCUCCGAUGGGAUUUGGGGACAUCACUCCUCUCCUGUGUGUGCCAAUAGAAGCUUGUCCUUCCCCUCUGCCACUCCUGAGGUGAUGGUAGACUUGGUCUGCUUUGAUACGGCCAGGGCAGCCCCAACGCCAGCCCCUGGGCCCAUUACCUCCCCUCCCCUGCUGCUUCUGCAGAGCUCUUCUGGGCUUUGCUCCUCAAGGGAUUCUUAUUUUUUUUCCUAUAGUUGAAAUUAAUUAGCCUGGAGGCACGACUGGCCUCUUCACCCUGGAGAAAACUGGAUGCUCUCUCAGGAGUGCUCGACCUCACAAAGUGCCUUGUGAGCCUCAGGACGGGGCGUUUGCACCCAUCUUUCAUUCUGAUGGGGACACCCCCAGGUCCAGCACCCCAUCUGAGCUGGUCCCCAUGCUGGGGACAGGUGGUUUGGGUGCUCUGGUCGCUGCUGGAUGGUCCCUUCUCUCCCAGAGCAGGUGGCCUGGGGACUUCUCCUCAUUCCCAGCCAUGAAGUGAACGCUACGGGUGGAUGGUUCUCCUCCUUGGGUCUUGUUUGUGGACCUGCUUCUGCAGCAAAGGGCUUUCCUGGCUGGGGCAGGGGGUGUCUCCUUGGAGUUACCUCCUCUCAGUGGAGAAUAGAAGGGCAAUCAGGAGUCUCACGUUGUGUCCCACGGUGUGAGCAGUCCCUGAGCUGUCCUGCAUCUAUUUCUGGGGCAAAUCCAAAAAUAAUGGGAGAGUGAGCUGGCUUGUGGCUUGACCAUCUUGGCCAGUGCCUGCCCUCCCUGCUCGGGCAGACGGUGCAGCGGAGAUCAGUCCUGGGGAGAAAAUGGGGAUCUAAAAGCGCCACCAGCAACGGGACCUCUCUCAGCCUGGGAUUUCACGUUGCAAUUAAAGCACUAAAGGAAGCAGAGCAGUUUGGGCGGAAUAAACCAGAUUUGAACCUCAGUUUUAGGCUGCAGUGUGGGUUGUCAAGUUCCCUGGUGCACGAGCAGAUGUAAAAUGAAUGCAACCGCAUGUUUAAAAAAAAUUACUAUUUUAGACUUU